UAUGUGGAGUGUGCCUUUUGUUUGAACAUCGAAAUGGACUUUUAAGCGAUAGAGGCAGGUGAUCGGUACCAGCGGGCGCUAUAUAUGUAUCUGAAACUAUGCAGUUACGAGGAUGACAAUAAACUGUAUGUAGACGGAUGUUUGUAAACAAGUCUGAAAGGGGCUUAUUCGAAAACGAGUUGAUAAAAGGAGAAAAAAAAGUUACAUGCUCAUUUUUAUUUCACCUUUGAGACCUACGAUUCUUGGUGUAACUUUUUAGAUAUUACACUUCGGAGCAAAAAAAAAAAAAAAGCUGACUGCGAACGUGCGAUGAUAACUUAGAUAUUUUUAUUUUUAAACAGUUUGCUGGCCAUAAGAAGGAGAUGGAAUUGCUCCUGUGUCCCGCUUGUCGGUUCUGUUUGGCCGAGCCCGUAACAGUGUGCUGCGGUCACACCUUCUGUAAGCGCUGCACGGAUAAGACGCUCCGGUCCAGAUGUCCAGCCUGCGCCGAGACCCUGACGUGGUGGGACGUGAGAAGCCCAAGAAACUGCGUGGUGCUCAGCGACAUCCUGGAGAAAUGUAGUCCAGAAGGACCUGACCUAAAAGAGAACAAGUGCCGAGCAGGGGACUGCCUGCAAAGGGGGGAAUUUCAGAACACCCUGCUGUAUGCAGAUAAAGGCUUGCGGCAAGCACCUUACGAUGCCAGUCUGUGGAUAUUAAAGGGUGAGGCCUACAUGGGCAUGCAGCUAUACUCCAAAGCACUGGAACUCUUCACUUCUCUUUUAACUGGAAGACCUUUGUGGAUGGAGGGAAUUUUUGAAAAAGGGAAAAUCUUCUGGCAAAUUGGACAGAAUGUAGAUGCUUUGCUUCAGUAUCGUCAUUGUCUGAUGCUGGACCCUGAAUAUCAACCUGUAAAGGAGGAGAUUCAUAAAAUUUUGCACAAUGAGAUUUCUCCUUUUCCUGAAAACACUGAAGAGCUGCUCAGAGUCCUAUCUGUGUACAUAAGAAAAUUUGGCUGUGAAACUGAGGGUGCCACCAGUGGAAACAAGUCUGGUUUUGCUAAGUCCUCGGGUGCCGAGCAGAAGCACCAAUUACAGCUUUCAUUCUCACAAAAUGAGGUGGCAGAAGAGGGGGAUAUACAACAUGUGCCACUGAAGAGCUUUGAUACGAAUGAUCAAGAGGUUUUCAAGCAGAUGGAGGAUUCUCUUCUUAGAAGUAUAAUUCUGUCAGAUUUGGAGUGUCCGCUCUGUAUAAGGUUGUUUUAUGAGCCGGUCACGACUCCCUGUGGUCAUACAUUCUGUAAAAACUGCAUUGAGCGAAGCUUGGACCAUAAUGUGCGCUGCCCACUUUGUAAACAGAACCUCAGAGAGUACCUCAAAAACAGGAAAUAUAACCGCACCCUUUUACUAGAGGAGAUCAUUUCCAGAAGCUUCCCACUGCCGCUGGAAGAGAGGAGGCAGGUGCAUGAAGCAGAAAUUGCUGAGCUUUCAAAUUUAACAAAGAAUAUUCCAAUCUUUGUGUGCACUAUGGCCUACCCUGGAAUCCCCUGCCCUCUUCAUAUAUUUGAGCCUCGAUACCGCUUAAUGAUGCGCAGAUGUAUGGAAACUGGGACAAAACGGUUUGGGAUGUGUACGUAUCAGCACGGAAAAGGGUGAGUGAUUUCCAGUUGUGAGAGAAGUUGGAGUGCUUAUACCAGAUUUCCAAAUUGUUGCAUUAGGGUACUAUUCCAUGUUAGCCAUUAUGAAUGUAUUGAGAAGUCAAC